GAAAAGAACUGCCUUCCAGUGAUAUUCCAUGGAGUGGCUUUGUCCCCCCAUCCAAAGAGAAGAGCCACCUGAUGAGCAGCUGUAAAAGAUCUUCUCUCAGGCUGCUGGCUGAAGAUUUCAGUGCGAUGGUCAACAACCCCCACUUAAGUGAUGUCCAGUUCCAGGUGGACUCUGGGGAAGUGCUUUACGCCCACAUGUUUGUGUUGUACGCGCGGUGUCCGCAGGCCGUUCAAGUUGUUCACAGCCAAGGCUUCUUAGCGGAGGAGGAUGGGAACGCACCGACACGCCGUGUGCUGCUGAGUGACGUGACAGGAGAGGCAGCGUGCGCGUUCCUGCGAUACCUUUACGCUGCUGAUGCUGACAUCCCUGCUGGGGUGCUGCCCCAGGUGGGGGCUCUGGCUGCCAGGUUUGGUGUGAGGGAACUGAUGUCAGAGUGUGAAAACAACCCUGGAGAGGGUCAGGUAUCUUCUGGAGUGGAUUCAGAAGAUGAUCUUAUCUCUGUGAGGGAUGACAAAGAUUGUGAGGACAGAGCUGAGAAUUUCCAAGACCUCCUGAAGUCAGUGUGGGUGGGUGAAGAUGAGGAAGAAGGUAUGCUGAGCUCUGAAUGCCAGAAGGAAGAUGACAAUGGGGUAGGUGAAGAGGAGCUGGAGGAAAUCUAUGAGUUUGCUGCAACUCAGAGAAAGAUGAUUCAAGGUGAAACAGAGGUGAGGGAGGGAACAGACUGCAGCAACUGCAGUGAUACUGAGGCAGCCCAAGGUACGAACCAGCAAACUGAGGAGGAAGCAGUAAAGAGACCUGAAUCUGCUUCAAUAAGCAACAACUUCAAAGAUUUAGGGGAUGACAGUUGUGUGGAAAGAUCUAAAUGUGACUCAUCUGCACAAGAGAAAAUGCAGAAUAUAAAUAGGUGCAAGAGCGUGAGUGCUCCGCUCACUUUUGUGCCUCACCACAGUCAACCUCAAAAAUGGGACGCAGCAUCCCAUGGUGCCACUGCUAAUGAAGGAGAGACCGACAGGAGAUGUGAAGGUGUGAAGGAUUCCAAGUCAUCUCAGGUCUCACAUGAUGGGGCAGAUCACUGUGAAAAACAGUUUCUUAGCUUCCAUGGUGAGACUAAUAUAAAUGAAAGUUAUGAACGCUUGUUUUCUGCGACUCAGGGAGAUUACUGUGAGCCUUCCCCGGUGAAAGAAGGUAUCAGAGAAUCAGGAAAGGCUCCUAGUGAAAAACACAUUGAUGUUAAUGAUUCUCUCCUGUACAGCAAGUCACAAAAAGACCUCUCUCCACGUAGGAAUGGUUUUUACAGGUGUCCUUCUCCCAAACCUUAUGUGCCUCUUUUUCCUGCUGUUGGCUCCUCACCUGCAUCUCCAAAAUCAGACAGAAAGUUUACCAGAGAACAUGUGUCAACACCAAAAGAAAACAAAGAGGAAGAAUCAUUGCCAUCUGAUGAAAUACCCUUUCAGAAAGCCAACGAGCUGGAUACUGCAUCAAGAAACAACAACACAAUUUCUCCAGCAGAACUUCCUGACGUUGACUUAAACAAGCACAUGUAUGUCCCAGUGUUGUCAUCACCAGUCAUCAGAUCUCAGGAUGCUGUAACUCAAGGGAACAAGGAGGGUGAUGUUAUUGUUUUAUCUUCUGGUGAUGAAAUGGAGUUACAAGAAGACAAGAAGUCUCCGGAGUCAGGCUCUCCUCUGAAGAAAAUGGAAAUCCUUGGGCAACCGAAAUGUGCAAACGUAGAACAAGGUCCUGAGAUACCAGAGCCUGAGCAUAACUCACCAGUCACUGAAACAGAGCAAAGGUCUACCCAGCUCUCCUGUGGCAUUACAGAUACGGUGCAUACAAGUAGUGAUGUGAAGAUGUCCACCGAGUUGCCUCUCAGCAGACAAACAGAUGCUUGUAUGGAGAGCAAACAGAGUCCAAACCUGAGCCCUGGAAAAAGACUUGGUCAUGAAAUGUCUUCAGCUACAGACAGCUCCUGGCUAGUGCCAGACACACCAGUUGUGAGCAAAAGCAGAAGUUGCUCUACACAGACUCAAGUCACAAGUAUUAAUUCUUUAAAAAGUUCAGGAUCUAAACUCAGCACAAAGAACUUAGCAGCAGGAAACAGUAACCAUGAAAUGGCUGGAAAUUUAAUAAAAGUUUGUGAAACAACCUUGUUAGACAGACAUUUGCCUACGGAGACCUCAGUCAGUGAAAGGAGCCCUUCCAGCAGCCCAGCAGCAGGAUCGUUUUCCAAGAACUCCCCACCAGUUUCCCCAGUGGAUCCAGUUCUUCUCUCACCUGGUCACAUCAACAUAAAAAGCAAAUGUGCUGAGAUCUCAUUUUUAUCCAGACCUGAGCCUCUGUGCCAUGAACAAUCAUUGGAAGAUAAACCAAACAUCAGUGUGGUUGAGAUAGAGGACAGUGAAAAGGAAAUAAGCCUGCCUUCCGUGGGUAGUAGCGUCUUGCUUUGUGACGAGCCCCCAAUCCCCGUUGAUGACUGCUGGCACGUUGAAUGUCUGUCACCAGUCGGAGGUAACAGCCAGGACUCCAGACAGGUCAGCUGUGCAAAGACCAGCACUGCCAGCACCCCCAAAGCUGACUCGUGGCGUGACCAGUGGGAGAGCCCAGUCCCUGCGCAGGAGAUUAAGGGCAGUACCCCUCUUCGAGGAAGUCCUGUUGGCAGAAGAACAACUUUGUUCUGUCUUGAGAAGAGUCCUAUUGAGGCAUGUUCAUCAGUGGCCAGUAGACCAAGUUACCUGGACUCCAAAAUCUGGGAUGACUGGAAUGGAGAAGAGGAGGAUGAUAAAUUUCCAGAGAUGCUUCCUCUGUCGCAGAGGUUGUCAGCUGCAGCAGGUGCCUGUCAGACAGAUCCUGUGAAGACUCCUGAACCUCCCUGUCAGGAGAAGGACAAGUCUCCCAGCACUCCCAUGACACCGAUGCCAGCUUACUCCCUCAUGGAGACCCCGCAGCUGAAGAAGGAGUUGAGCAGAUUUGGAGUUCGUGCUCUCCCAAAACGCCAGAUGGUGUUGAAGCUGAAGGAGAUAUUCCAGUAUACUCACCAGGACGUGGACUCUGACUUUGAGGAUGAAAUACCAUCUUCCCAACCUCCCUCACAGAAGUCCCUGGCCAAACGCUCUAGGCAGUCGAAGGCAGACAGGACUGCAGGUGGAAAGCGUGCCAGUGCCUCGAGGGCUGUGGGCAAAAGGAAGCGGGUUGCUACGGCUUCUUCAGUGCUCCCUGUGAGGAGGGCUGAUGAUGACCUUGUUGGACCCCGUGAAACAGGCUGUGCAGCACCCAAGGAGGGAACUAAAAUGACACGUCACCCAGAAGGAGCCAAAGAGCAGAAAAGGUCAUCUGUAUCUCCAGAGAUACGGUCACUGGCAGCUGAUGGCGAGCAGCCAAUGCUCUCAGCAUCUCAGGAGUCUGCCAUUUCUUUAGUGGAUGGAAGCGACAUUUCUUUUGGUUCACAGAGUUCUUUUGUGAAUGGAUUUGAAGCCUGUGCUUUUGCAUCUGAGGAGGAGGAAGAGGAGCUUCCAGCAUCUCAGGCAGCAGCUCGGGAAGAAGAAAAGCUGGAGGCAGUAAGGUGCUACAUCCGUUCCAACACAGCCCUGUACCACAAGGUUCUCUUUUAUGAGCCAAUUGAGCUGGCUGAGCUGCACGCAGAGCUAAAACAGAACGGCAUUAAAAUUUCCAAGGCAAAGCUGCUGGACUUUUUAGAUGCUCAGUGCAUUACAUUUACCACGGCUGGAGCCCGGAAAGAGAAGGAACAGAAAAGAAAGGGGAACAAAAAACAGAGGAGAAGAUACUGAAUGGAGCCCACUCCUCCAUCCUGAAAAUUUUGUACCCGGAGGUCUUCCUGAGAAGCUGGAACCUCUGUUCCAGGCUGGUGCUAGCAGCGGGCUGGGAUCGGUGGGUGCACUGCUCCUCCUUGUGGCCUGCUGCCCAGAUGACACGCUGGAGAACGGGUCUGA